AUGUCAUCACGGAGCUCUGGGGUGGCUCGGGGGCUCGGUUCCCAGCCCAGCUGCAGCACCUCUCUGCCGGUGCAAAGGAAUUCCUUCCCAGCUCCACAUCUCCGUCUGCCACGGAGCAGCUCGCUCGCCCUGCUCAGCCAGGAGGACUUCUUCCAGAGCUUCAAUGGGAGACUCUGCAACACGAACGAUGUUUUGAGGGCUGAUCUGUUGGACCGCAACUACUCCAUCCCCGACCCCCAGCUGGUCCGGAGGAUUGUGUCCCAGGUGGAGUUCUACCUCUCUGACGAGAACCUGGCCAAGGAUGCUUUCCUUCUGAAACACGUCCAGAAGAACAAGAUGGGCUUUGUGAGCAUCAAACUGCUGACGUCCUUCAAGAAGGUUAAAUACCUGACGCGUGACUGGCGGCUCACGCUCUAUGCCCUGAAGUUCUCGGAGCUGCUGGAGGUGAACGAGGAAGGCACCAAAGUCAGGCGGCGGGUCCCCAUCCCCGAUUCCCUGCUAAGCAUCCCCCCCAGCAAAAUGCUGCUGGCCUGGGAGCUGCUGCCGCCGGGGCAGGAUGUGCUGCCGCCGCUCCAGAAGAACUUCCUCGAGACCAUCACCAGGAUGUUCAGCCCCUUUGGCGCCAUCGCCUCCAUCCGCAUCCUGCGGCCGGGCCGCAAGCUGCCCUCAGAUGUGCGGAAAUACACCUCGCGCUUCCCCGAGCUGCUGAGCAAGUGCUGCGCGCUGGUGGAGUACGAGAGCCUGGAGAGCGCCCGCAGGGCCUUCGAGGGCCUCGGCCGCCAGAGCCGCCUGGGCGGCGAGAGCAUCAGGGUGGUCCGGCUCUGCGGGAAGGGCUCCAAGAAGAAACCCGGGGCUGAGAGGGAGGCGGCGGAGGAGCUGGUAGACCAGCUGGGUUGGAAGGCGCAGGCAGCAGCGGUGGCAUUCCCCUACGGCAUCGGGGACUCCGUGCUCUGCAGCUCCCCGGAGUCGGAUGGUGCCCUGGCAUUGCCAUCCCUCUUCCUGAACAAGGAUCCCUUGGCACCCACCUGGCCCAGCAGCGACUUCAAGCCCGGCGACUUCGGCAACACCUUCACCACAUCGCUCCUCACCAACAAAGCCUUCCCUCCGCUCGGGACAGGCUUGAGCAUCGGCAGCUGCUAUGGCCUCCCCUCCAGCGCCGAGAGCCCCCGCGGCAGCGGCUGGGGCAGCAGGGAGGGUCUUUGGGCACCCUGGCCCAGCAACCCCCCUCCUGAUGCCAAACCUCCUCCUGGUAAUCCUCUGGCAGAGAAGAGGGUGCCUGAGCACCUCGCCAUGCGGGACGGGGUGCUUCGCCUGCCCCACGGCCCCGACGGCACCAAGGGCUUCCCCAGCAGCUUUGGGAGAGGAGAGCUUGUCCUGCGGCACUGACACUCCUGUACGUUUGGGUUUGGGUUUUUUUUUUUUUUUCUUUUCUUCCCUU